GAGGCCAAAGGCAAUACUUCCCCCUGCUGUCCUGGAGGAUAGUGUCUCUCUCUCCCCCUCAUCUGACAUCUGUCUUUCUCUUUUUCUCAACAGACUUGAUGGUUCCUUCUAUGAGAUCAUGUGGGUGGACUUUGAGAUUGACAAUUUCAUCAACCUGCGGUCAUCGCAGUCCAUCCGCUGGCAGAUAGAGUAUCCCUCUACCGGAGCAUCUGCUGAAGUCAUCUCCACCAUCUAUAUUAGCCAGAGAGACCUACAGGGUAUCGUACCCAUUGCUGAGGACACAGAGAUCCUGAACACAGCGAUUCUGACUGGACGGCGCGUUGCCAUCCCGGUCAAGGUUGUUACCGUGGAACAGGAUGGAACGGUGAGAGAGGUUGAUGACCCUGUUACCUGCAUCUCCACGGAUGAGGACGUUCUCAAGGUGUCACUUGGUUGUGAUGAGGUGUUGGUAAACGGGAAAGAGAAGAAUGGGCAUAUCUCUCUUCAAGUGAACUUUACCUACCUCUAUUUGACCAGCCAAUUAGAGCUCACCGUCUGGGUGCCACGGUUACCGCUCCAGAUUGACGUCUCUGAUGCCGAACUCAGCCAAGUCAAAGGAUGGAGGGUCCCCAUCAUCACCAACAAGAGGCCGACAAGGGACAGCGAAGAUGAUGAGGAGGAUGAGAGGAAGGGCAGAGGCUGUGCCCUGCAGUAUCAGCACGCUCUGGUGCGUGUUCUCACACACUUUGUAGCCGAGCCAGCUGGCCCUGGUGGGGAGCUUGUGCACAUGCUAGGUUCUGAUUGGUCAGCCGACAUCACAGAGAUGGUCCUGGACUUCCUGAAAGUGGAAGAUACAAGCUUUGCGCGACUAAUUGAUGGAAGGGUGCUGGUGGGAAGAGACCCGGGCAUCACCAAUAUACAGGUGAUAUCCCCUCUUUCUGACUCCAUUCUGGCUGAGAAGGCCAUCACAGUGGUGGAUGAUAAAGUGACCAUCACUGAUCUGGGAGUUCAGCUGGUGGGCUCUUUGAGUCUCUCACUGCAGCCCAGUUCCACCAACAACAGAGCCUUCUACAUCACAACCACUGCUCAGGACCUGUUGCACACACCCAAACAGGAAGCCAUUAUCAGUGCAUGGAUUCAGUACAGUGAUGGCUCUGUGACCCCUCUUGAUAUCUAUGACCAUAAAGAUUUUACUCUAACCAUCACCUCACUGGAUGAGAAUGUGGUCUCCACCUAUCAGGAACAUUCCCAACGCUGGCCUGUUAUAGUGGCGGAAGGCGAGGGCCAGGGAGCACUACUGCGCGUGGAGAUGAUGAUCUCAGAAACCUGCCAGAAAUCCAAGAGGAGGAGCAUUUUGGCAAUGGGGAUAGGAAAUGUACAAGUGAAGUUCGGACAGAACGACCUGGAGCAGAGGAGUGUAACUCAUGAUGAGAACAGUCUGGACAACAGCACAAAUGAACAGAGACAUAAGGUUCUAGAGCCGGAUAAAUCAAGUGGAGGAGAUAGCUGGAAAUACACAAACACCGCGGUAGAACGUGAGGAGUCAGUCAUAAAAAAAGUCAGCACAACUGCAAAGACUCCGCUAACUAGUCGUUCAGGGGGAAACAAACAGGGUGGGGGACAAAAGAACAACCCUGUGGACUAUACCAUUUUCCCAGUGCAGGUGGACCUACCUGGCGGGGCAGAGAGCGACUUGACUCAGGCUCCAAGAAGUCUGUCAGACCUGGAAAUAGGCAUGUAUGCCCUACUUGGAGUCUUUUGCCUUGCUAUCCUCGUCUUCCUCAUCAACUGUGUCAGUUUUGCCUUCCGUUACCGCCACAAACAGCUUCCUGUUCUGGAGCAGGGCAACAUGAACCAUGCCCAUGACUGGGUGUGGCUCGGUAAUGAAGCGGACCUGAUGGAUCAUCACGGUGACCACGGGCCACUGGCACACAACAAUGAGUGCACGACUGCGAUAGAUCGCAAUGAGGGGUGCGAGGAGAGCAAAUACCUCCUCAACGGGAGCGCCGUUCAGAAAAGCGGGUCAUCACACGGACGUGGCAUCCCCCAGGUACACUCCGAUCCACGGUCCUGUUUGGGAAAUGACCCAAGUGGAAAAGUCGAACGCCUUAACAACUCUCCCAGCGCUGCCAAGCGCAAAAGGGUCAAGUUUACUUCCUUCGCCACUGUACUGCCAGACGAAGGUGGGCCCUACACCAACUCCAUCCUUAUCGGAAAUGAAGACAACAUCAAGUGGGUCUGUCAAGAUAUGGACCUGGGACAGUCAGCUGAGCUCAGAAGCUACAUGGAGAGACUGCAAGACAAUCUGUAGGAGCUGAGAAGAGAACGAAAGAAAGGGAAAGCGAGAGGGAGGACACACAAAAACUCACCAGAAAUGCCUUUGCACUGUUGGGGGAAUGCAGGGAGAGAGGGAGGGAGGGAUUGUUAAAAAAAUCGAAAGUGGAUGCAAGUAGGGAGUAGGAAGGAAUAAAAUCUUUUGGGAGUUUUGAGUUAAGUAGGAAAUUCACAAAAAGGGGAAACGGGUGAAGAGAGACCGGCACGUUCGUACUGGCUCCGCCGAGCGGUCCAGGUGGCGUAGAGUGAGCAGCUGCCAAUUGGCUAGCACAGGGACAGAAUGCCAGUUACCAACACCCCGAAUAAACAAGCCCAAACAAAACCAGUGAGAGAAAGAAAGAAAGGAAACAAACUUGACAGCUGUACAGAAAAUCACAGUCCAUGGAUGUCAAUAAACAGAAGUUAUCACUAAUGUAUUUUCGUUUUUUGUUUUAUUUCGAUUCAAAUCAAACAAGUCAGAAUUAUGGACGGAGACAAAAGAUCUUAUUUUUUUAGAUAAUCCCAGGCUUUUUCCAGAUUAGUAUGUAACUAGACCAAAACAGGCCCUCAAAGCACCCGGCCUGCCCCAGAUCCAGGUGUGUUUGUUUUUUACCCCUCAUUUUGUACUCUGUCCCUCCUGUGUGAAUUCCAAGAGAGCUGGGGUGCAAGGACGUGUGGGAUUCCCCCUGGCUGGAAUCUGUACCAGCUGUAUCUGCACACACACACUGUUUAAGGAGUCGAAAAACACCAAAAACACAACAGUCCUCCCUCUCUAUCUCUCCUCUGGGAGAAAAACAGAAGACAUCAAUGAUGAAAAGCAAGAUGAGAAUAAAAAGACUCCUCAUGCACUGUUCAUUUGAUCAAGUGAAUGUGGAAAAAAAGGACUGAGGAUUUCUUUUGAGUCCCUUCUGGAGGUUGUUCAUUUGCACAAUAAGAAUAAUACAGAAAGUGCAUAUAGUGGCCCUCAGCUGAUCUGAGACUGGCCAAUCUGACUGUCCAUACAGCAACUGAUCCAGACAUACAACCUGACAGUUUGAAGAUGUGACGAUAAACACGGGACGGACCGUGUAGAAAUACAAGGCCACAAAAAGGAGUUGUGUUUGUUAUAAAACCAUAUGAUUGUUGUGAUAGAAAAAUAUACAAGAGUAGAGUGGUCUGUUACUCUCCAGUACAGUAAAUGUAUGAAUGUUUAUCUUUUUAUUGAGGCGAAAUGUACAUCGUUUACCCCCUUUUUACAUGGCUGGAGCACCUGCACAUGGUUUUUACAUGUCCUAUAGGUUGUAAAGCAACUUUAUAUUUCUGCCUCACUGACCCCAGCGUUUACCCAGGUCCUUGAAUCAUUGUUGUUUAUAUUACUGAAGAGUUGUAGGGAAGGACAGAUGUGGACACCUUCUCUUUGAAAGCUCAGGUGCAAAUAUGCUCACAGAUGAACAGUGGUAGAAUUGAAAUGUAGAUUGUAAGAAUGCAAUAUUUAUUUGUAAGUGUAAUAUGAGAUAGGAUGUAAAUAAAAUGAUUAAAAUUUUCUUGUGGACACUGCAAGAAGGCUGUUGCCUACAUUUUCAAAAUCAACACAGAAGAGUCAUGAGGCCAUUUUGAUUGUUUCAUAUUCUAUGUUCAAGUCUGAUUUCCCUCUGGAGGAAUAAAAAUGAAAGGCUUUAAUAUGUUAAGACAUCAUGUCAUGGGUUCUGUCAGGACAUCAGAUUCCCCAUUUAGACAGAGUUCAGUCUUUUCCUUUGAUAUAUAUUAUUUCUGUUUGUUUCAAAGGUGU